GAUACUGAUUCAGAUUUUUGGAGCUAAGCUACAUCAAAAUAAAAAUAAUCCAAUUCAAAGGUUAUUAUUACAAACUAAGGAAAAUAUUUAAAUCACACUUUCAAAAAUGAGGAUGCCAUCAAACGCAACACUAGGCAAAAUAGUUGUCUACGGUGCGAUAGCUUCAAUAUCGGGUGUAAUGUAUAUGCGAUAUAAAAUUCAGGACCGUAUCAGAAAUACACAAUAUUUCAAAUCUGCACUUCAAACGCUCCGUCAACAUAAAGGUGCGGUAAGUCUACUGGGUGAACCAAUCAAAGAAACAGGAUUCGAUUUGGCUGAUGACAAAAAGAACAACUGUGAUGGACAAAAAGCACAAUUUGAAGUUUCUGUGAAAGGUCCUAAGGACAAAGGAACUAUCUUCUUUUGGGCGACACGUACCGAUGAGCUUGGCUGGGUAUUGGAUAGAUUAGAUCUUGAGGUUAAGUCGCAACCGGAUAAAAGAUUCUUAAUUAAAAAGGCUAAUAAUAUAGAGUAUUAAUCAUACUUGUUAGGUAACACGUAGGAACUUAAAAAUAUGUUAAAUCAAAUAAUAACUCAGUUUUGUUUUAUUGAA